AUGCGACGACAUCGUCAAAUAGCUUUACUUGGAUUUCCAGGUGUUGGGAAAUCUUCACUUGCUCAUCAUUUUGUUUAUAAACAAUUUUAUAAUGAAUAUGAUCCAAAUAUAAAAACAAAUCUUCAUUAUCAAUGUGUUAUUGAAGAUGAAGAAUAUGAUUUAGUUAUUGUUGAUAAUGCUGGAUCAGAUCAAUAUACAUUAAAUCAUAGUGAUUUUGAUACUAGUGAUGCUUAUAUUAUUAUUUAUGCUAUCGAUGAUCGACAAAGUUUUGAAAUGGUAUCAAAAAUUCGAGAUAAAAUUAUUUCAACAAGUCCUACAACUCGAAUACCAAUGGUUCUUGUGGGAAAUAAAAUUGAUCGAAAAGAUGAACGAGUUGUUUCAACUGAAGAAGGUCGAUUAUUAGCUCAUGCAUGGAAUAUUCAUUUUACUGAAGCAUCAGCUAUGAAUUUAGAAGCUGUGAAAAAAUUAUUUGAAAAAAGUAUUUAUGCUAUAAAUUAUCUUGAUCCAACAGAAGAUACAAUUGAAGAUAAUUCAAUAGAAAAACAUACAAAUGAAAAAAAUUCUUCAUCAUUUCGGAAUGGUUUUAAUAAAAAACAAAAUGGAAAUUUAUCAUCGAAAGAUCAAUCAUCAAAAACAAUAUGUAUUAUUUCCUAA